CCUGCGCAGUGGGCGGCGCGGGGCGGGGUGGCCGUCAGCUGACUGUGGCGGCUGCGGCCUCGCGGGAGACAACCGUCGGCGUCGCAGGCUCCGGCGGAGGGUCGCCGGCAUUUCAGCUCUCGUCGGGCGAGGCGCGGGCCGGCGCAGCACCAUGGCGACCACCGUCAGCACGCAGCGCGGGCCGGUGUACAUCGGCGAGCUCCCACAGGACUUCCUGCGCAUAGCGCCCACGCAGCAGCAGCAGCAGAUCCAGCUGGAUGCGCAGGCGGCCCAGCAGCUGCAAUACGGAGGGGCCAUGGGCACAGUGGGCCGACUCAACAUCACGGUGGUGCAGGCCAAGUUGGCAAAGAAUUACGGCGUGACCCGCAUGGACCCAUACUGCCGGCUGCGUCUGGGCUACGCCGUGUACGAGACGCCCACGGCCCACAAUGGUGCCAAGAACCCGCGCUGGAAUAAGGUCAUCCACUGCACGGUGCCCCCGGGCGUGGACUCCUUCUACCUGGAGAUCUUCGACGAGCGAGCCUUCGCCAUGGACGACCGCAUCGCCUGGACACACAUCACGAUUUCUGAGGCCCUGAAGCAGGGCGAGGUGGAGGACAAGUGGUACUGCCUGAGCGGGCGGCAGGGAGACGACAAGGAGGGCAUGAUCAACCUGGUCAUGUCGUACUCGGCACUGCCCGCUGCCAUGAUGAUGCAGCCUCAGCCUGUGGUCCUGAUGCCGACCGUGUACCAGCAGGGCGUCGGCUACGUGCCCAUCACAGGAGUGCCUGCCGUGUGCAGCCCAGGCAUGGUGCCCGUGGCCUUGCCCCCGGCGGCCGUGAGCACCCCGGCCAGGUGUCACGAGGAGGACCUGAAAGCCAUCCAGGACAUGUUUCCCAACAUGGACCCCGAGGUGAUCCGCUCCGUGCUGGAAGCCCAGCGAGGGAACAAGGACGCAGCCAUCAACUCCCUGCUCCAGAUGGGGGAGGAGUCCUAGACCCCCCCCCCACGCUGCCUCCAGGCCCUUCGGACUUGCCGACCCAGGGUCCCUGGGGAGCACUGACCCCACAAGAUGCCUGCGAGAGCCCUGUGUAGCCCCUUUCUCCGCCCGCCAUCGUGCAGCCCUAGUCCACCACACCUUUGGGGAUGCAUGUGGGUCCUCGGCUCCCGGCAGCUCUGGAGCGGCAGUGGGGUGGAUGUGGUGUGGGCAGCCUCCCCUCGCUCUGUGCCAGGAAAUGAGCUGACACGUGGGCCGUGUCCUGUGUGCUUUGGGAUAUGCGUCUUCAAGUGCUGUGCACUCCUGCCCCGCACGCUGUCCGCGAGUGCUCUGGUGGGAGUGGCCUGCGUGGCCAGGGCCUCAGGAAGGCGCGCGCGUCCUUUGGUUUGUAACGGCGUGCAGUCGUUUGACUUCACUGGGACAGGCCUACUGUUACCCUGAGGCACACACAGUCCAUUAACAGCUGGUGUGGGGGUGUUGUUAGAACUUGCAAACUGAAGGAAAACUCACGUGCCUCCCCUGCUGUUGUGUGUGGACCUGGGCUGCUCCCCGGUGUCCUGGGCUGGCGCAGCGGUGCUGGGCCUCAACCACAGGUUUCAGGCUGAAUGCGAACAGCCAGCCAGCCCCGCCUGUGAGGGCUGCGGGCUGGCAGGGCUGUCCCCAGCUCAGAGGGUCCCUUACGUCUUUUCCUGCUGUGUCCAUGCCAGCUUUGUGGAAUGUAAUUCCGAGGGGUCACUCCUCCUCUCCUUGACCGGCUCUUGCACCAGAACCUAAAAUUGGGGGUAAGAAGUGAUAGAUACAGUACUUUGCUUAUUAAAGGGUGUUUGGGAACUGCUGGCUCACUGCUCAUGUUAAUCUCAGUAAGCAUCGUGCCCGAGGAUCCGGUCUGGUCGACACAAAAGCAGCCUGGUGGGUCUCCGCAUUUAAGUCUCCUGACACGCCCGUGGGCUGCACACAGGCCUGGCUCGCUGCAGACGCAGGAUAGGGACAAGUUGGGUGACACCUAGUGGAAACCAGAAACCUGAGCAGUUUCUCAGGAGCGAUGCAUCUUAACCCGUGUGCACGCAUUGACCACUCACGUACCCCGCGUGUGAGGGCUGGGGGCGCGUUAGGCCACCCUCACUGUCCACCCUGGAGUGGCUGCCCCAGCCUUUGGAUGUGGGGUCUUCCAGGAUGGACGUCAGGACAGGCCCCUGACAACGCGACGUCUGUGGAGGGGCAGCACGAGGCAGUCAGUUUCAGCCAUCUUCCCCUGUCGGCUAGAGAAGGCUGCUUCCCGCCACUGUCGGGUCAGGUCGUGCCUGUCCUGGGUGCUUUCUGUCAGCCUGGGAAAGUGGGCAGUGGAGGGCGGGCCCGUGCCAGGUGGGCCUCUCAGUGGACACUGGGAUUGGCUCUGAGCUCGGGGCGUCCCGCCCUCAUGGCUCACGCUGGGUCUCGGGGAGCCUGUGGCAGACUUCUCGCAUGCAGGAAAGUGCCGGGCGGGCUGCCCAUGCUGCCACACUGCCCUGGAAGUGGUGACCUGAACACAUGGCACAGGAAAGACAGGCGCCGGUCUCCAGCCCCAGGAGCACGACAGGGUUAGGGUGAGCACGCCGGCACGUCUCUGCUUUUCCACAAACACGAUCCUUCUCUGAUAGGCCGCGGGCCACCACCCUGGAGGGCCUUCCCUCGCCAGAUCGGACUCCCUGCCUCCACGGCACAGUUUUCAUGUCAGCUCGUGCCUGGUCCUCGCAGGGGGUGUGGUCCCUCGUGGGAUUUGUCACCCAGCUGCAAAGAGGAGGCCAUCGCGCCGCGGGCCAGGCAGCUGUGCUGUCGGGGCCAUGGUGCAGGCAGAUGGCAGGCCUCGGUGCGCUGAUGUUUCCUCUGGCCUCAGUCCCGGCCGUGGCAGCGAGCACAGAGCACCCCGCAGUCAGACCCCUCCCCCACCUCUGCAGCGUCCCCCGGGGGCCCUUGUCCCUUUACAAGCACCUGCUGGUAUUGUCAGAAGUGACACAGACAUUGUGUUUCUGGUAUUCUCCUGGGGUCCAGUGUCCAGAUUUUUCUUUGGAUUGUAAAAUAUAUUUUUACUUUUCAGCCUUCUAAUUUAAUAAAUGAUCUAUAUAAAAAUAGAGAAUUAAAGUCCUUUGAGGAAAGUUCA